UCCAGAACUCUAACGGAGCAGGAGAGAGAGAGAGAGAGAUAGACAGAUAGAUAGACAGACAGACAGACAGACAGAUAGACAGACAGACAGAUAGACAGAGAGUGUGUGUGUGUGUUUAUAUCUCCUGUGUGAGAGUAAAGGAUUUAAACUUUAUGAAGACAGACUGGAACACACACUGAAGUGGGAAACUGAGAGGACCGGAGACGAAGCAGCGAGGACCGAGGUGAGAUGGCUGUCUCCACUCAGCUGGGAUUGCUGCUGUGGAAGAACUUAACCUACCGACGGAGACAGACCGUCCAGCUCCUGAUUGAGAUCGUCUGGCCUCUCUUCAUCUUCUUCAUUCUGAUCUCCGUGCGACUCCACUAUCCUCCGCAUGAGCAGCAUGAAUGCCAUUUUCCCAACAAGGCCAUGCCAUCCGCGGGCACUUUGCCCUGGGUACAGGGAAUCAUCUGCAACGCGAACAACCCCUGCUUCCGGUACCCCACUCCCGGAGAGGCUCCCGGUGUGGUGGGCAACUUUAACGACUCCAUAAUCUCACGGCUGUUCACCGACGCCAAGAAAAUCCUCCUCUACAGCCAACACGAUAAGAGUCUGGAAGGGUACAAGGGGCUUGUCCGAGCUCUGAAGAGACUACAGAGCAACGCUGCAGGGUUUAAGUUGAAGGACUUCCUGCGCGAUAAUGAAACCCUGUCUGCGUUCCUGGAGCAGAACGCGACGCUGAGCAGACACGCCGUGCAGCAGAUCGUGGAUGCCAACGUCAACCUGGAAAAAGUGCUGAUUAAUGGUUUCGGCGUGCACCUGAGAGAUCUGUGCAACACGACGUCGUUGGAGGAGUUUGUCCGCAUCGCCGAUCCUGACGUCUCCGAGAUGACGCAGAAAAUCAUCUGUCAGUCGCCUGCUGAUUGGCUGAACAGCGCAGAGAGCCACUUCCUGUCCAACCUUGACUUCCUGAAACCCAUACGGAACGACGUCAGAUCCAACCCUAAACUGGUCCAGGACGUGUCUCUGGCCACUGAUACGCUUCUGGAGAGUCUGGGAUCUUUGGCUGUUCAGCUGGUGAGCAUGAAGAGUUGGCGUGACAUGAGGAAUGAGAUCCUUUUCCUGACCGGAAACGCCACAAACUCACCCAAUCACGUGUACCAAGCCGUGUCACGCAUCGUGUGUGGACAUCCAGAGGGCGGCGGCCUGAAGAUCAAAUCCCUCAACUGGUACGAAGAUAACAACUACAAGGCCCUGUUCGGUAACCAUAACGACAGCGACAACGAGCCCGCGUCCGCCUACGACAACACGUCCACUCCGUACUGUAACAGCAUGAUGAAGAAUCUGGAGUCGACUCCGAUCUCACGGAUGAUCUGGAGAGCGCUGAAGCCUCUGCUCAUGGGGAAGAUCUUAUACACACCUGAUACACCGGCUACACGCAAGAUUAUACACGAGGUGAAUAAGACGUUCCAGGAGCUGGGUGUGCUGCGGGAUUUAGGAGGCAUGUGGGAGGAGAUGAGGGUGAAGGUCUGGGACUUCAUGGAGAGCAGUGAAGAAGUGGAUCUUGUGAGAACUCUGCUCCAGAAUAACGCCAGCGCUCAGUUCUUCAACGACAGGCUGAAAGGGACGGACUGGCGAGUGGAGGACAUUUCACAGUUCUUGACUAAAGCCUCUGAGGACACGCGCCCCCCGGGUACAGGGUACACCUGGAGAGACGCGUUUAAUGAGACGGACCAGGCCAUUCUGACCAUCUCACGUUUCAUGGAGUGUGUGAACUUGGACAAGUUGGAGCCGGUGUCGAGCGAGGAGCGUCUGGUGAAUAAAUCCAUGAGACUGCUGGACAAUCGCAAGUUCUGGGCCGGGAUCGUGUUUCCGGACAUGCAGGCCGAUUCCUCCGAACUUCCUCCCAAUGUCAACUACAAGAUUCGCAUGGACAUCGACAACGUGGAGCGUACCAAUAAGAUCAAGGACGGGUACUGGGACCCUGGUCCCCGUGCGGACCCAUAUGAGGAUCUGCGCUACAUCUGGGGAGGAUUUUCAUACCUACAGGACGUUGUUGAACACGGGAUUAUCCGGGCUCUGACAGGAAGCAAGGAAAGAACUGGCGUUUACAUCCAGCAGAUGCCGUACCCGUGUUACGUCGAUGAUAUGUUCUUGCGUGUGAUGAGUCGCUCGAUGCCGCUCUUCAUGACGCUGGCCUGGAUGUACUCAGUGGCCAUCAUUAUUAAAGGCAUAGUGUACGAGAAAGAGGCGCGUCUGAAGGAGACCAUGAGGAUUAUGGGAUUGGAUAACGGGAUCCUGUGGCUGAGCUGGUUCAUUAGCAGCCUGAUCCCACUGCUCAUCAGCGCCGCCCUGCUGGUCCUCAUCCUGAAGGUGGGGAACCUUCUGCCCUACAGUGACCCGGGUGUGGUCUAUCUCUUCCUGGUGUCCUUCGCCAUCGUCACCAUCAUGCAGUGUUUCCUGAUCAGCACGCUGUUCUCUCGGGCCAACCUGGCCGCCGCCUGUGGGGGCAUCAUCUACUUCACCCUGUACCUGCCCUAUGUCCUGUGUGUGGCCUGGCAGGACUACAUUGGCUUCGGGGCUAAAGUGGUCGUGAGCCUGUUGUCUCCAGUGGCGUUCGGUUUUGGCUGUGAGUACUUUGCGCUGUUCGAGGAGCAGGGAGUGGGCAUUCAGUGGAACAACCUGCUGUCCAGCCCCAUGCAGGAGGACAACUACAGCCUCACUACCUCCAUCUCGCUCAUGCUGAUAGAUGCCGUGCUGUACGCCAUCAUGACGUGGUAUAUCGAGGCUGUCUUCCCAGGUCAGUACGGCAUUCCCCGGCCGUGGUAUUUCCCCCUCACCAAAUCUUACUGGUGCGGAGAGAAAUGCGGCUGGACGACAGCUUCCUCCACCAAGAAGAAAGAAAACGCAGAAGGUAUUUAUAUCUUUUUGUUUAUAGUUUAUCCAAAUAAACAACUGUACGAAGCUCAUUGUUCUGGUUUUCCCAAAGCUGUGUGCAUUGAGGAGGUACCGGCUGAUCUGGAACCCGGUGUCUACAUCGAGAAUCUAGUGAAGGUCUACAGACAUGGCAACAAGCUGGCAGUGGAUGACCUCACGCUGGGCUUCUACGAGGAUCAGAUUACCUCCUUCCUGGGCCACAAUGGAGCAGGAAAGACCACCACCAUGUCCAUUCUAACUGGCCUGUUCCCUCCCACAUCUGGCACCGCUUACAUUAUGGGCAAGGACAUCCGUUCAGAUCUAAGCGCCAUCCGUCAGAACCUGGGAGUGUGUCCUCAGCACAAUGUCCUGUUCAGCAUGUUGACGGUAGAAGAGCACAUCUGGUUCUAUGCUCGUCUGAAAGGCCUGUCAGAGGAGAAGGUGAAGUCCGAGGUGGAGCAGAUCGUUUCAGAUUUAGGCCUCCCUCACAAACGCAAAUCUCGUACUAGUCAGCUUUCAGGAGGAAUGCAAAGGAAGCUCUCUGUUGCUUUGGCAUUUGUUGGAGGUUCAAAGGUCGUGAUCCUGGAUGAACCGACAGCUGGGGUCGAUCCGUACGCUCGCAGGGGCAUCUGGGACCUGCUGCUCAAGUAUCGGCAAGGUCGAACCAUCAUCCUCUCCACCCACCACAUGGACGAGGCCGAUAUUUUGGGCGACCGCAUUGCCAUCAUCUCUCAUGGGAAGCUGUGCUGUGUGGGAUCCUCCCUAUUCCUGAAGACCCAGCUGGGCACUGGAUACUACCUAACUCUGGUCAAGAGGGAUUUUGACCUGUCUCUGAGCUCAUGCCGCACCUCCAGCAACACCGUGUCCUGUUCCAAGAACAGUCUGAAGAAGGAUGACAGCGUCUCUGAAAGCAGCUCUGACGCCGGCCUUGGAAGUGACCACGAAAGUGAAACUACCACCAUCGACAUCUCCCUGAUCUCCAACGUCAUCUUCAAGCACGUUCCCUCAGCCAGACUGGUGGAGGAUCUGGGCCAUGAGAUCACCUACGUGCUGCCUUAUGAAGCAGCGAAGGAUGGUGGCUUUGUGGAACUCUUCCACGAGAUUGAUGAUCGCCUCGUCGACCUCGGCAUCUCCAGCUACGGCAUUUCAGACACCACGCUUGAGGAGAUCUUCCUGAAAGUUGCGGAUGAUAACGGAGUCGACGCUGUAACCGCGGAUGGCACUAUUCCAAGGAGGCACCGCCGGCAUGCGUUUGGUGACCAUCAGAGCUGUCUGAAGCCCUUCACCGAGGAUGACAGCUUUGAUUUGAAUGAUUCUGAAGGUGAUCCAGAAUCCCGGGAGACGGACUGGUUAGGAGUCUCUGAUGGAAAAGGCUCGUACCAGGUGAAAGGUUGGAGUCUGAAGAGGCAGCAGUUUGUGGCUUUACUCUGGAAACGUUUCCUGUAUGCCCGUCGCUCUCGGAAAGGAUUCUUUGCUCAGAUUGUCCUUCCAGCUGUGUUCGUGUGCAUUGCCCUGGUCUUCAGUCUAAUUGUGCCACCUUUCGGAAAGUACCCAAGUCUGGAGCUGGAGCCCAGCAUGUAUGAGGAGCAGUACACCUUCAUCAGUAACGACGCCCCGGACGAUCCGCACACUAACAAGCUACUCGGCGCGUUAACGGACAGUCCGGCCUACAGGGGGCGGUGUUCAGAGGACGGGACGCCUGGAGACGGGUCAUGUCCGAUUAGAGACAGUGAGUGGAUUGUUCCCGAAGUUCCCAAGACCGUAUCGGACAUGUUUCAGACCGGAAACUGGAGCAUGGAAAACCCGUCACCUCUCUGUGAGUGCAGCUGUGAGGAGAAGAAGAAGAUGCUGCCCGAGUGUCCACUGGGAGCAGGCGGCCUUCCACCACCACAGAUCAAAACCAGCGGUACAGACACACUGCAGAAUCUAACAGGGAGGAACAUCUCCGACUACCUGGUGAAAACCUACGCUCAGAUUAUUGGAAAGAGUUUGAAGAACAAACUCUGGGUGAAUGAGUUCAGAUAUGGCGGAUUCUCAUUGGGCGCCAGAAGUUCACAAGGCCUGCCCCCUUCGGAUGAGAUCUCCAAGGCUAUCGCUCACAUGCGUGCUCGUUUCAGCUUGGAAAGAGGCACGGCACCAGACAGGUUUCUGAGAGGUUUAUCCAGCUUCAUCAGUGGCCUGGACACCAAUAACAAUGUCAAGAUCUGGUUCAAUAACAAAGGCUGGCACAGCAUCGCCGCGUUCCUCAACGUGAUGAACAACGGAAUCCUGCGUGCCAGCCUGCCCGCCGGUCUGAACCCCGCCAAAUUUGCUAUCAAAGCUUUUAACCACCCGCUGAACCUCACUAAAGAGCAGCUCUCUCAGGUGGCCUUGAUGACCACCUCAGUCGAUGUCCUGGUGUCCAUCUGCGUCAUCUUCGCCAUGUCCUUCGUCCCGGCCAGCUUUGUGGUCUUCCUCAUUCAGGAGAGAGUGAAUAAAGCCAAGCACAUGCAGUUCAUCAGCGGAGUUCAGCCUUUCCUCUACUGGCUCGCAAACUUUCUGUGGGAUAUGUGUAACUACAUCGUCCCUGCAACACUCGUCAUCAUCAUCUUCGUCUGCUUCCAGCAGGAAGCCUACGUCUCGUCCACCAACCUUCCUGUCCUCGCGCUCCUUUUACUGCUUUAUGGCUGGUCCAUUACUCCUCUGAUGUACCCAGCAUCAUUCUUCUUUAAGAUCCCCAGCACGGCCUACGUGGUCCUAACCAGCGUCAACAUCCUCAUUGGAAUCAACGGCAGCGUGUCCACCUUCGUCCUGGAGCUUUUCGGUAGCAAUGAGGUCGGUGGCAUCAAUGACAUUUUGAAAAACGUCUUCCUGAUCUUCCCUCACUUCUGCCUGGGACGUGGGCUGAUCGACAUGGUGAAGAACCAGGCCAUGGCGGAUGCUCUGGAGAGGUUCGGUGAGAAUCGGUUCCGUUCUCCUCUGGCAUGGGACAUGGUGGGGAAGAACCUCUUUGCUAUGGCAGUGGAAGGCGUGGUCUUCUUCGGCAUUACAGUGCUCAUACAGUAUCGCUUCUGCAUCAAGGCCAGGGGCUUUAGUGCUCACCUGAAGCCAGUCAGCGAGGAGGACGAGGACGUGGCCAGGGAGAGGCAAAGGAUCCUGGGUGGAGGUGGACAGAGUGACAUCCUGGAGCUCAGACAGCUGACCAAGGUGUAUAAGAGGAAGCAGAAGCCAGCGGUGGACAGACUGUGUGUGGGAAUUCCACGUGGAGAGUGUUUUGGAUUGCUUGGUGUGAACGGCGCUGGAAAAACGAGUACCUUCAAGAUGCUCACUGGAGAUUCGAUCAUCACGAGCGGAGAGGCUUAUUUAGCUGGCAAGAGCGUGCUGACGGAGAUCAAUGAGGUGCAUCAGAACAUGGGCUACUGUCCUCAGUUUGACGCCAUCAACGACCUGCUGACCGGCCGAGAGCACCUGGAGUUUUACGCCAUUCUACGUGGAGUGCCCGAAAAAGAAGUGUGCGAGGUGGCAGAGUGGGGAAUCCGUAAACUGGGUCUGGUGAAGUAUGUGGACAAAUCGGCGGGAAGCUACAGCGGAGGAAACAUGCGCAAACUCUCCACGGCCAUCGCUCUGAUUGGAGGCCCACCCGUGGUGUUCCUGGACGAACCCACGACCGGUAUGGACCCGAAAGCACGACGUGCUCUGUGGAACUGUAUCCUCAGCAUCAUUAAAGAGGGACGGUCUGUCGUUCUCACCUCACACAGUAUGGAGGAGUGUGAGGCUCUGUGUACUCGCAUGGCCAUCAUGGUCAAUGGCAGGUUCCGUUGCCUGGGCAGUGUUCAGCAUCUGAAGAACAGGUUCGGUGAUGGCUACACCAUCAUCCUGCGCGUGGGAGGGUCCGAGCCUCGUCUAGAGCCGGUGAUGGAGCUGAUUGAGCGCGAGCUACCCGGCAGCACCCUGAAGGAGAAACACAGGAACAUGCUGCAGUACCAGCUUCCAUCAUCUCUCUCCUCACUGGCUCGGAUCUUCAACAUCCUGUCCAAGAACAAAGCGCAGCUCCACAUCGAGGACUACUCCGUCUCACAGACCACGCUAGACCAAGUUUUUGUUAAUUUCGCCAAGGACCAAAGUGAUGAGGACCAUCUCAAAGACAUUUCUGUAAACAAGAGCGAUGCCGUGGUGGACCUUUCACAGCUGGACACCUUCCUCACGGACGCUAAAGCGCAGGAGACGGUGGUGUGACUCAUCAGAACCUGACACCAGUGGACAGAUGUUCUGAGAUCUGUUUUUAAAGACACUAGUUUUACUUUGAAUAUAUCUUUAGUAUCUUUUGUCAUGUUUUCAGUGGUGUGUGUUCCCAGAAGAGGGCACUGGACCUCAGACACACUACUAAAACCAAACUCAAUGCAAAUCAAUGCAAAGACAGAAAUCCACUGCGAUGCAGACGAGGUCCAGCCUGGUGCCGCUUCUCUGCAUCACACUGUCACUGUUUGUGGACAAAAAACUUGAAGCUUGAACAGUAUUUUUUACAAAAGUUCUUUGUAGGGUUCUUCGUGGUUCCACUCGGACACUGCCAGUAAGAUGCACGAUUCAGGGUCGAAGGUCAUCUCUCUCUCCGAUGCAGGACAGAACCACUCCGGCAGUUUUCACAUUUUGCAUCAAACGUGUUCUCAAAGGGACUUUUUUGUUGGACGUUGUUGUCCAGCUGUACAGGAAGUUGACGCGAGCUUCUCGGGAACUUCUGGUGUGUGUAGGUGUUGCAUGCUUUACAAACGAGCUGCACGGAGAACCCACGUGUUCUCUAAAGUACGUUCCUGAGAGUUGUGAUCUUGUGGAUUCUGCCGUCACGUCACUGGUUCACUUUUUAUAAAGACGUGUAGAUAAAAGCUCAAACAGGACACAGGAGAAGGUCGGUCGAUAAUUAUCGUACAAAUCCCAUGAUGCAUUUUGUGCCAAACUGAAAUCCUGUCAGAAAGUGAAGUUUGUAGAGUUUGUUAGAUGUUUUUACACCGUCGUAGACUGCACGUGCUGUGGACGGUGAUGUUCAUGUUCAACACGUGUGUGUUUCCUGACUUUAAUACCGAGUUUAAUCUAAAGACUUCUCUACCAGGCUGAGCGUCAUGUUUAAUCUGUACAGCGGCCACGUGCAAAUUUUACAUUCAGGAUAAAACUCAGGGUUUUAUUCUUUCUGCAUUUCAUCCACUCUUUGUGCCCUUCACGUCUAAUUCCACGUGCAUCAGUGACCCCACAAAACCUGAUGGACGUUUCGGGACGUUUCUUUCCAGCCUGAAGUUAAAGAUGUGACCAAAAGUGCCACGUAUUCGGUGCUUUAAGAUUAAAUUCCGUUACAGUAAAAUUCCCUUCAAUGAAAUGAAAUGAUAUUAAAGAUGAUAUUAAAGAUGAUAUUAAAGAUGAGAUGGAGUGAUGUUUGGAGAGAAGUAACCUGUUUAUCAUCGGUCCAACACGGAAGCACUUUAUAACAGUCUACUGAACUGUAGGGUUUUUUAUUUCGGUCCUGGACAUUUACACUUUAUAAAAUUUCCUGAACAGGACGCUUUCUUUAACACAACAGUAAAAAGUCUCGCCAUGCUCAUUCUGUGUUAAAUUAUGUGUUUACACUUUAAGUAUUAAAAUCUAUAAUAAUGUUAUGUCUUUUCUGUACUUCUAUAUGAAUAAAAACAUUUUGUCCUUGUA